AUGGUGAACAUGAGGGCUUUCGUCUUCGGCUUGCUUCUCUUGGAAGCCACUGCCAUCCCUCAGGGGAAUCCAUCUUCCAGGAGCCUGAGUUCAACUCAGAUUCAAUCUUCUAGUCAUGGCUCUGUCAUCCCUUCGAGCUCUUCGUCUUCGGUAGAGCCGACAAGCUCGACUGAGGCUUCCAACACACCUAGUUCAACCCCCUCGAGUGACUUGCCAUCUUCUGAUAGCUCAAUUAUCUCCACUGGGUCUUCGUCUAGAUUUGAGACCUCGACAGCGAUCAUUCCAACCGGAAAUCCCAGCACUACACCUGCUGCUCCGACAACCAGACCAUCCAGUCAAUCUUCUGUUGCAAGCUCUUCUGUGGAAAGCUCCUCUGGAAGUAGCUCUGCUCCAAGCUCUUCUGCCAAUGAGUCUUCGUCGGCCGGCUCUUCGACAGCGGAGCCAUCGUCACAAUCCACACCUGCAUCUUCUCUACCAGGAAGCUCUACUCAAGGCUCAUCGACUCCAGUAGCCACGCCAACUGCUACUUCAACUCCCGGAUCUAGCACUCCUGGGUCGUCUUCCACACCUGGGUCUUCCACCGCCGAAUCCUCUGUGCCGGGAAGCUCAACUCAAGACUCAUCGACCCCAGUAGCUACACCAACUGCUACUUCAACCCCCGGAUCUAGCACCCCUGGGUCGUCUUCCACACCUGGGUCUUCCACCGCCGAAUCCUCUGUGCCGGGAAGCUCAACUCAAGACUCAUCGACCCCAGUAGCUACACCAACUACUACUUCAACUCCUGGAUCUACUACACCGGGGUCUAGUAGUCCUGCAUCUUCUAGUCCUGGCUCGUCCACGCCUGAAUCCUCUGCAGGAACAUCUACGCAAAGCUCAUCAGCAUCAGUGCCCCCUUCGAGUACAUCAACGCCGGGGUCUUCCAGUGGAGGCACAUCGCAAACCGAGUCAUCAAGUGCGGCAUCCUCAACAUCUGGGCCAUCUACCACUUCGACUUCUGAAGACUCUAGCUCCACGGAUGCUUCCGAAAGCACUACCUCGUCGGACUCGGCUCUUCCAAUUAUCACUAUAACAUCACUGUCUACCUCGUCAGUCAGUACAGUGACAGGGGUUACCAAAAACACUGUCAUCGAGACAACCGACAAAGAAGGCCACCAUACCGUGGUUCCCUUCUUAUGGCACUGUUGGUUCUGCGGUGGCGGCGGACUCUUUGCUUGGGGAGUUGGUCCGGACCCUGGUAUCUAUCCUCCUCCUCCAGAUCCCCCUAUUACGAAUUGGCCAACGAUUACCAUUGGUCCUGACAGGCUCCCAACCCCUGAGCCCGAGUCUACUGCUUCUCAGCCUACAUCGACCGAGACAUCGUGCACAUCUACUUCGACAGUGACAAACACAUGGGCCUCAUGUACAUCUGUCACCAGUGGCACCUCAUCCGGUACCCCGAUUCUCACCGAAAGCUGCACCACCAGUACCUCUGUGGCGAGUGGUUGUACUAUCACAGCAACAGAUACAACAACAACUGCCACUGCCGAGUGCACCACCAAGACAGUGACCGACAGCUGGGUCUCUUGUACGCCUGUUCCAACAACCACUAGUUCCGGCACCCCGUUGUACAGCACGAGCUGUGUUACAAGCACGUCUGUAGUGACUGGCUGCAGUGCUACACCCUCUUCGUCAUCCACUAUGGCAACCACAACCCCGUCGUCUUGUAGGAUUGCCUCGACGGCAAGCCCCUUUGCUACUCUGACGGAUCCCAUCCCUGAUGCUCCUGACACAACUUCCACUCCGGAAUCCUCGUCGACGAGCAGUCGUCCCGCGUCGAGUAGCUCCGUCACUGUCACUUCUUCCUCAGCAUCCCCGAGUACUUCUUCCAACAGCACUCCAUCAAGUACCCAGCCGCCAACCUCGACCUCAUCGGGUUCUUCAAGCACCAGUUCAACUAGCGGACAAUCAUCAAGCUCGAGCUCAAGCUCAAGCUCAGGCUCUUCGACUAUCACCUCAUCCAGCACAUCCUCAUCAACCAGCGGGUCGGCGUCUCCAACAGCCACAAAGUCUUGCACCGGGGGCGACGGACUAACCUACCCAGUCUCUCUUCUUAACACAGAGGGCUCCACAUCCGGGAACCUAGACAAGUUCUGCAUCAAAGCCGCAAGCCACACAGACUGGCCAUACAAGCAAACCUUCGAUGGUGAAUAUGCCGGCGACACCAAAGCUGUAAUGGAAAUCUCAACUCAAGACGGUUGCACCCCUCCGUACGACGGACAAGUCUCAGCCGAUUACUGCAAAGAGUACAUGAACCUCCUUGCCAACGACUGUGACACCGACAGUGGCAACAAGCAUGGCGGAACAGUCUCGACCGACGAGUGCUAUAUCUUCAGUAUGAGCGUGACAUCCGAAUCCAAGCUCAGCUGCAAGGGUGGCGAUGGCCAGACGUAUCCGGUCGAGCUAUUGAAUGGAAAUGAUAGAAGGUCCGGUAUCAUGGACAACUUCUGUACGAAUAUUGAGGCGAAUACGUGGGAUGGGUUCCAUGAGGAUUUCACGGGCAGCGGGGAGACUACCAAUCUGUGCACAAUCACUCUUAACAUGGACAACUGUGCUGACGAUAUGACGAUCUCGCAUGAUGAGUCAUGGAGGGCUCUUCGACGUCGGGAACUGCAUGUCUUUCAAUAUGACAGUGUAUGA